AUGCGAAGUGAAGACAAGCCUAAGAUGAAGAAGGACCAGGAGAAGAGCCCCAUGAUCUCCAGUUCCAAGGGUAUUCAUCAUGGUGGAACCAUUCAGGAACACGCCUGUAGUGGAGUAUUCCAGUUCAGUGAAGAGUGUGACCACAGUGUUGAGACAGAAGAUCUGCCAGGGCCAGAAGGGGACAUUUUUGAACACUCUGUAGAGACACCACUUGUCAGAGCAGAGGCUUUUAAACCGCUUAGACUGGAAUCACCAACUCGGUCUUUGAGCAUGGAUGCACCAAAGGGGAUUAAUAUUAAAGCACAAGCUGGUAAUAUUGAAGCUCUCUCUCAGAUGGAUAUCAAAUUGCAUAGCAGUGAAGGAGUGCUUCUGCUUGAUGCUGAAACUGUGCGGCUGCCCAAAUUGCCUGAAGGGACAAGGGGUGGAUCUGAUAGAUCUCAGGAACUGUAUGAGAUCUGUGUUUGUCCAGAUGGAAAGCUUUACUUGUCAGCAGCUGGUCGGUAUUCAACUUGCCAGGAAUACAGUCAUGUCUGUCAAUAAAGCACCUACCUAUGCCACAUUUUCUCUGGCUAUUCUCACUGAAUUUUAUAUUGUUUUGUAGCAGAGUUUCCAAGAUUUUAAAAACCAUCACCGUAAUCUGGGAAACACAUUUGCAUCCAGAAUUCUAGAUUGUAAGGAAAAAAAGCAAAAGAGCACAAUUAAAAUUUUACCUUCAACAGACGUGUUUGAGCUAAACUAAAUGUUCUGGAAAUGACAUUUGGAAGUCAGCCAUAUAGUGAACUAAAAAAAAUCAAAAGGAUUUAUUUGCACCACUGAACUGUUAUUCAGUAUGUUGAUCAUGUAAUAGUUAAUAUUUCCUAGCUCUACGAUUUUCUCUUAAUACAUGUAAACAUUUGCUAGUAGUACAAAUUGCAUUAGUGUGUGAAAUUCAGUUUAAGGAAUUACUUGAACUAUUUGAUAAGACAAAAGCAUUGUUUGGUGAAUUCACGUAGUGCCAGCAAACAGUCUAUGCAAUUUUGUUCUUGCAAUAACACAAACGACGAAGGCGCUGCUUUUUGUAUGAGUCCUGUGCAAAAUAUGUUAAACUGAUAAAUCCUUUGUUUCUAGAUUGGCAAAGCAUAUGUAGAUUUGCUUAUUAUUGGGAUGCAUGAAAGAAAUCACAAUAAUUAAAGUGAAAUCUCCAAGA